AUGCCCGGAGGAUUAUAUGCAGCUUGCCGAGAUUUGGAUGUAAGAGAUAUGUACAUCGAGAACAUCAACCACCACGUUCAAGUAUAUCGAAAUCGACACGAAAAGGCAAACGAUCAACAUCCGAAAUAUGCCCAGUAUACCGACUCGACGACCCAUCAAGAUACUUUUAACAGGAUUUGGUGGUUUGACUCUGAGGAUGGGAACAGCGCCGUGGAGUUAGUGGUCCAUCCGGAGCCGGUUCGGGUGAGCUACCGAACGGUGGACGAGCUACUCAGCCGGCUCUACCAGACCCAUCCGGAUCUCGACUUGGUCAUCCACACCGGAAUCGCUCAGCUCCCUAGGGCCGAAUUCUUGCUCGAGAAAAUCGCCCAUCGGGAACAUUACAAGUCCCCUGAUGUCGACGGUCUCCUCCCUGAUCCCUCCCUCUCCGAUUCGGAGACCCGGCCUGGUUCCUUAUCUUCUUCUGUUAUGCUCGAUCAGCUUGUCGAAAGAGUUCAGGAUCAGAUCUCUCAGCCGAUCAAUCUCAAAGUCUCAGAAAACGCGGGCCGUUUUUUAUGUGAAUACAUCUACUACAGCUCACUACUGAGAUUCGAGAACUUGACGAACUCGAACCCGGAGCCACCAUCGACGAGCGUGUUCAAAAAAGAAGAAGCGGACCGGGCCCGGCCACGACCGGUCUUGUUUCUUCAUGUGCCUCCUUUCUUGGACCAAGCUGACAUCACCCUUGGAUCCCACGUCUUACUCGAUAUCAUCCAUCAAGUUCAAGCCCUUCAUUUCUCGUCCUCUUCAGACAAUUUGUACAAGAAGUUCCUCGGUUCUUCUUACGAUUAA